CAUCUUCAGAAAUUGUCCAAGUAUCUGCAGACUACAGGACUUUCCUUAGCUGAUGCUUAUAAUCGAGUGGCUGCAACCAAGACAGUCCUGCUGAAUAUGAUGGGCAGAUUUUGGGGACAAAGAAGUGUUCACCUUAGUGAACUAUUUCUCAACACAGCUACAGAAUGUGGCUAAGGAUAUCUCCAUGGAGGAUUACAUGGACGAAUGGCAGAUUCUGCGAUCUCUGGUGUACAAGAGGUAUGCUACUGAGCUGCAAAGUGGGACUCUGACAUUUGAAAAAGUUCUUAAGGGUUUGGCAAGUCAGAAACUGAAUAAUGUCACCCGGGUGCUGGAUCUCUUGGGCUCAUUACCACCAACAUCCGUGAAAAAUGAGACCACGUUCAGUGCAAUGAAGCUCAUCAAAACCAAAAGAAGGGGGAGACUUAAUGACGAUACCCUGAAUGACCUAACGGUAGUUGUCCUUGAAUCUCCAGAUAUUGAACAGUUCAAUCCAGAUCCAGCAAUCCAAUACUGGAUGAUGACCCCCUCUGGCAGGAAAAGGCGACUUCAGUAUGAGAGGGCUGCCACUACCACUCCCCAGCAACCUGUUCCAGUCGUGGAUACCAUUGUGAAUCUGGCGGCAGAAGUUCAGAAGGAUCGCCAGAUAACCAGUGAUACUCAGGAGGACAGUCAGCAGGUCAGUCAGGAGGAGGUCAGUCAGCAGGAGGACAGUCAGCAGGAGGUCAGUCAGCAGGUCAGUCAGCAGGAGGUCAGUCAGAAGGAGUUCAGUCAGCAGGAGGUCAGUCAGCAGGAGUUCAGUCAGGAGGAGGUAAGUCAGCAGGAGGAAGUACAGGUACAGUUUGAAACUGUUUCAAUUAAAUAAUUUAGAAAAUAAGUGUGAUGAAUUAAUAAAUAAUGUUUGAAAAUUAAAUACUAUUAUAAAUAUUAUUUUGCCAAAUCAAUACAAAAAUAUUUAAGAGAAAUGUCUUGCUUUUUUCAGGUGAUGAAUCCAGCCUUUCUAUUUGACAAAUAUGAUGCUGAUGAUGGUUAUUCCUCAGAUGAGUCAGAGUGUGACAUGAGUGAGGAUUAUGUCACCUCGAUGCUUGAAAUGUUCUCUCGUGAAUAAAAUGUAUAAUGAACCAAAAUAAAAAGAAAAGAACCUUG